AUGGCAUAUACACAGCUCGGUCAAACACAAGCUGGCCGCCUACUGUCUACCACAUCUGCGAUGAAGAUAGAUCGGCCCAAGCCGCUUCACUUUCAUGUCCCACUCUUUCCUGGCGUGCAGUUGCUGGAUUUUACAGGACCAUUGGAUGUCCUCAGUCUGCGUUCCCAAUACCCAGAGACAUCCGGCCUUACAUUGACCUUACUUUCAUCGACGCUCGAACCAGUCUCAACAAAGCCAAUACCCCCACCAAGUGCCAAGUGGAAGUUCAAUCUUCCUCCGGGGACCAACACGAAUUUCAACCCUAAGGUUGUCCCGGAUGUGACUUUCCAAGACUAUCUCUCAGCAUUGGCUCGUGGCAAAAUUUCGGAUAAUGGUGACGGAUCACUCAAACCUAUUGAUGUCCUAUUGAUCCCUGGUGGCCCGGGCACACGGUUGGAUCGUAUCCACUCUGAUCCAGAAGCAAAGAUUUCAAAUACGCAAGAAACGCAAGAUUUCAUCAAAGCAGUCGCAUCACAUGUCCGACACAGCGUCAUUACAAUAUGCACAGGCAGCCAUAUCCUGGCUCAGACUGGGCUUCUCAAUAACCUUGACGCCACUACGAACUCGGCCCGCUUCAAGGAUGUUUCCACAGCAAAUCAUCCGCAUAGUCGAAAAGUGAAGUGGCAAGCAAAUAGACGAUGGGUCCGAACUAGUGUACCCAAUGCAUCUAUUAGUCGUAGCACCACGGGUCAGCUAGACAAUGAAGGCUUGCGUCCUGGUAUUGAAGUCUGGUCGUCGGCUGGCGUCACAGCUGGGUUAGACCUUCUGUUGGAGUUCGUAAAGGUGCAUUAUGGAGGAGAGGAGGUGGCUCAACAAACUGCUAAGCGUUUAGAAUACCGCUGGGAACGAGACUAG